GGGAACGGUUUAGUUCGUUUUAUAGGCGUUUAAGCAGACGGUAACGUGCGUGUGCGGCUCGUUGGCUGGUGAUUUCAUUUGUGUAUAUUUAUAGUCGAAAGAUAGAAUAUCUAUGUGAAUGCAGCAGUAUAGUAUAACAUAUACAGUUAGACGUAUAUACAUAUAUACGAAAAGUUAUACAAAAAUGAAUGUCAAAGAAUUAAGCAAAUUUAAUUCUCGUAGACGAACAACAAAGGAAUCAAUUAGCCUAAAUUAGAGCGAGAAAACAAUUUACAAAUAGCGAGCGGAAAUUGAAGUUACUAGUGCAAGAAGAUUUCCAAAGCGGGGAAAAGAAAAGAAAAAAUAAUAGCAAAUGCAAGAAAAGUGUGUGUUUUUGUGUUGAGGCAGUGAAAGCAACUUAAGCAAACCGAGAAAAAGCGCAGAAUCAAAUCUUUUGCGAGGUGUUGGCUUUGUGGCGACUGCUUAAGCCGUCUUGUUGUUGUUGUUACUGUGCAUAAUUGUGGAAAAUAAUUAAGAAAUAGCUGCGGCUCAAAGCAAAGUGAAAAUAAAAUGUUUGUGAAAAAUUUUUAGCUAAUAAAGAUUAUGACAGCAGUUUUUACAGCUGCAAAAUUAAAUCAAGAGAUAAAAUUAAAGUGAAAUUGUUUAAAAAAAUCGUGAAAAAAUCACACGAGUUCGUUUUUAGUGUCGGGUUUAAAAGUGAGCGUGUUUUAAGCAACAGUAAGUAACAAAAAAAAGAGCAGCGCCUACGCCAACUUGUGGUAAUUACACUAAAAAAUAAAAAAAAAACCCAAAGUUUGAUGAUAAAAUAAAAAAUAUAAUUGAAAUUAAAAAAUAUAUUAAGUUAUUUUUUUAAGUGUUGACCGCAGACCUGCUCGUGGCAGUAACUCAAACCAAUUUAAAUGAACUCAAACAAAAAUUAGAUUUUAAAUAAAUUUUGCACACAAGUGAAUGUGUAAUAUUGUGAAAUUCAAAAAGUUAAACUCACUCUAAAGCGAAGUUAUUGCAUAAAUAUAUCAAAAUUUCCAAAACCAUAACUAAAUUCCGUUCAAAACAACACCUAAAUAUUUCCGAAAUGCCUCAACUGCACAGCGAAGCCCUCCGCGCCUGCGCGCCCGCGGUGACAACUCCACCCACCAACACAUUCGCCAGGGACAGUAGCGCGGUGGAAAAUACAAAAACGCGCCCAAAUUCGCCAUUAACUGCCACAAAGUGCUCCAAAACAUUGCUUUUGUUGUUGUUAAUACUCGGUUGCCUGCUCUCAGCCGCCACCUGUGUACCUGCGCCUGGCACUGCACUAGCUGGUGAGCCAGCGCCAGCAUUGCAGGCCUCACCACCCACUCCACCACUCAAUGCUGUGGUCGAUGCAGAGGCUUUCUUGGCGUCAAAGCGGCACUUGAAGCGCUCACUCAUUGUGACGUCCCAAGAAAUUGCUGAUAAAAAUAACGCUGCAGCGGCCAACUCAGAUAUAGACGACGACUACUAUGACGAGGAGGAGCCUGAUGCCGGAAAUGGUAGCGAAAAUGUGAGUGGUCGUCAGCGGCGUCAUCACGAAUUAUCGCCAACCGCUCGCUUCGGUUAUGAUGGCAACAAAAUUAAACCACAACAAUUUUAUACACAACAAAUGGUUGCGAACGCUUUGGAAGGCAGCACCAAGGCUGGAACGCAUCUUGCGCGCCCCAAUAAAGAGCCAUCGCCGAUGGCCGCACAAGUGAAUAACGACUUAUCGAUAUGGAGUUUGAUGGAUAAUGCGAGACGCAUGGAUAUCUGUGAUGUAUGUAGCUGCGUUCGUGACGUCUAUGUGCGUGUCACUUGUGAUUAUAAUAACCGAAAAUCGAGGACACCGUUGAAUGAGAUUUUCGGUCCGAUUUAUCGCAUACCAAACACGACGAGAUCAAUUGAAAUUAAAUUAGCACCAAAUACACAUUUCCGUUUGGAAAAGGAUCUAUUUGACAAUAAUAUAGUUUUGAACAGUUUCACGAUUGUCGGCACUCAUAGUAAUGGCGAACAAGUGGAGAUCACUACAGGCGCUUUUCCAGGUAAUGCCAGCAUUAUGGGGCCAUAUCCAGAUAUUGUGAUGCAAAAUGUCUUUUCGGUGGUGGUGCGAGAGGGCGCUUUUUCAGGCAGUAAAAAAUUCACUGUACGCAACAGCAAUGAUUUAAUUUUGUAUUCAAAUGCUUUCAAGAAAGCCGAAAUUAAUGGCAAAUUUUUUGGGAUAGCUGAUUUGCGUAUCGAGGAGAAGGCGUUCAAUUCAGCCGAUGCCAAGUUAUACAUCGAGAAUUCUCAUAUCGACAAUAUCUAUCGUUUCGAAGCCUCAAUGCGUGAGAUCAAAUUCAACAAUUGCACCAUUAACACCAUCAAUAGUGGCUCCUUCGAUGUCAAUAGCAUCUUUAAUAUUAUAUUCGAAAAUAGCGCCAUUGGCGUAAUCAAAUCACGCUCGAUUACGGAAAAGCUGCUCAGCAAGCAUGUGUCCUUCACUGGCGGCGUUAUUGGCUACAUCGAGGGCGAAGCCAUACAUGGCAGUGGCAUCGGCGAGCUGAUUUUGCGAAACAACAGUAUUGACACCAUCAACGAGAAUGCCAUCUAUGUGAACACCAUCAAUGCCACCAUCAAAGACAAUCACAUCAAACAUCUCGGUCAGCACUGGUUGCGUAUUAAGGAAUGGUCGAAUAUUGUGAUUGUGAAAAAUAGUUUUGGUGACUUCGGCGGCAUUAUAGUGGAGGAAACCAAAGAACCCCUCGAUUGCCGCUUCGAAAGUAACUCCGUAACCAAACCGAAGCCGGGCAGUUUGAAUAUAGGAAAUCGUCAUUGCAUAUUGCGUGAGAUCAUUGUCGAUCUGCCGUGUCGCUGCAAUCUCGAGUGGCUGGACACGUAUUCUGAACGCGAUUUACGUUCGGAAAUCUAUUGCACGAUCGAUCGGAAAUUGGGUGUAUGCUUCAACGCGACCACCUUCAAUAUGCAGCGGUACGAGCAUGAAGUGUGUGACGAAAAGAAGACAACUUUAGAUUGUGGCGCCAAUCGUAAUCUGAAGAAGGUGAAUGGUGAAUUCUUUACAAUCGAAGAGCUCGAGCAACAAGCUACACAAUUCGUGCAUAUCAUCUAUCUCGGCACUGCCCUUAUAUUGGCGAUCGUGCUACUCAUUAUACUAGUGCUGAUAUUGCGUUGCUUGUGUCAACAGCGUAAGAGCAGUCGUGGUGCUAGCGCGUCACAUCAGCAUCGACAUGAAUUCACGCAAGGCGAACGUGAUAUUAUCGUACGCGCCCAAGAUAUAAUAGAGAAGCGACAUCCACAGAUACAGCCACAAAUUAAACGUUUGUGCGACGAACUUUUGCAAACAAAUCGCAGCGAGAAGCAAUGCAUUAAAACUAUCACGAAAAUCGAAAAUCUACUAAAUGAAGUUGAACGUUGUCAGGAUCUCAAUGCAUUCUGCAGAGUUUUGGUGCAACAUCUGCAGCCGCAAUCGCAACCGCUGCAACUGACAACGAACGCCAUCUGCAGAACGGAGAGUUUUACGCGUGUGCAACGUGAGAAUUACCCUGGACCACACUAUGCUGGCUGCAUUGACACCGCGCACAUAAUAGCCAGCCGAGAGGCGGCGUGUUUGGAGCGCGAGCGUGAACGUGAACGCGAACGUGAAAGAGAACGUGAACGCAUCAAUGGCAUAGACAAUGUGCGCAACGUUGAACCGCUUAAUAUGCCCAAUGAACCGUUCUACGAGGAGUUGGGUCAACCGUUGCUGCCUGAUUAUGCAUCGCCAGCGGAUGGUCGCGUUUAUGCGACACCACAUGAUCUAGCGUUGGGCAUAAAUGCCGAACUGGAGUAUGCGGAGCCCAUCAAUAAUCGAGCCGACUACGCACACCGCUUGCCACCAUAUGCCGUGCCAAUGCCCAACAGACUGCCCACACAACCGUCCAUGAGAGCGCCCACAGCAGCGCCGCGCACCCAUCUGCCGCCCAGUAAUAUUAAUAUUAAUAAUAAUAAUAGCAACAACAACAAUAACAACUCACACCCGCUAUAUCAAGUUAGCAAACUACCUGCAUACGGCGCUGAUAAUCGACCAGCUUUGCCACCAUCGAAUGUCAAACGCAAGGCGCACGAUCUCGAAAAUAGACUCAACUUUCAACUGCCCAACGCCGCUGAUCAUCCGCCCAAUAAACAUUUAGUCGCACCGCCUGUUUACACCGCACCCGACAUUGCGCACAAGCGACCGAUGCCAACACCGGCUUCGACGUUCGCACGUCUGGCCACGCCCGAAGUGGAUGAGACGGAGAUGGACAUGCGUGGCGCUAGAGCUUUACCACCCGAUACGGGCUCGGAUCAUUCGGGUGGCAGUAAUGAGACUGUACUGAUCGAUGAUGUUAUAGUGUAUGCGGACGCCUGAGCGGCAUAUGUUAGAAAAUGACAUAAUGCGUUUCUCCUAAAACUAUGCUGUGUUGAAAGUGACAGCAAAAUAUAAGAAAUAUUUUCGUCCAAACUCACUUUAAGCUGCUGACCUAAUAGCAAACUUUCAAGCGUGAUAUUAUAUCCUGACAGUGGGUGUACUAAUUAUGAUGUCGUAUAAGUGCUUUGGAAGAAAUAUCCGUUUAGACUUUGCGUGGGCAUUAACACACGUAAUGUUAUUGAGAAGAUUGGGGUUAGAGUGUUAACGACAGCAAGUGUGUUGACCACUUCUUCAUUUAACUAUAUAUUAUUUGUAUAUAUGUGCUAAGAAAAUUAUCACAAAAUUUUUGUAAAAUAUAAAUUUAAGCAGAC